AUGCCUCGAUUUUCUCAUACGGCAUCACAAUGUCAGAGACCCCAGGAAUGCCAUCGGUGUAGGGGGAAGCAUCAUACCCUCCUGCACUAUGAUGGACUGCGGGAACAAAGUUAUCCGAGGCCGCAGGCGCAAAAUACAUACGGCCAACGUGAGGAGAGCGAUUACAACGCUCAACCACGAAGUACGGCCGUGUCGAAGCCGAAAGGAAAACCUUCGACUUCGAAGGCCUACAAGAAACCGGCCUCGACAUCACACUGUACCGCGCUCGGUACAGGCGCACCGAGGACCGUGCUGCUAGCCACGGCACGAGUACGCGUGUCUGGCAAACGACCUCCGAUUGAAACGCGUGCGUACCCCAGCCACGGUAUCGGGCUUGGGGGCGGCCAGACGCAGCAAAUAAAAUAUAGCGUCGGUUUAAACCUCGGCUCGAUAAACGAGUCGAAACCGAUAUGUGUCGCUCAAGCGUACGUCGUGCCGAAAAUCACGACCUACCGCAACACGUCGGCGAACGCGCGAGUUUACAGUGCGUUCCGAGGUUUACCGUUAGCCGAUCCAGAAGCCAGGGCCGAUCCUACGAUCGAAAUUCUGAUCGGAGCGGAUUUAUAUGCUCAGGUGAUUCGUUCGGGCUUCCGACGAGGGGCGAAUGAAGGUCCGAUCGCCCAAGAAACGGCGUUUGGCUGGGUUAUAUCCGGCCCUAUACACGCUGAAGGCGACGGCCAGAAUACGGUAAGAACGCUGCAUUGCACCGUUCUCGAAUCGCUGGAUUAUGCGAUUCGACGAUUCUGGGAAACCGAAGAAAUCCCCACGACCUCGGUGCGGUCCAAGGCGGAAGAAGAGUGCGAAGCACUCUUCCGAAGAACCGUCAAACGGGACAAAACCGGACGGUUUAUAGUCCGAUUGCCCUUGAAUCACCCGAGACCGGACGAAGCGUUAGGACACUCGUUCCACAUAGCGCUGUCCGCCCUCGCGAGGAUGAGGCGUAAAUUGGACGCGGAUACGACCCUCGACAGAGAAUACUCUGAGUUCCUCGCGGAGUACGAGUCCUUAGGUCACAUGACUCGGCUUGAGCCGAUUGACCAGAAUCGACUGUACAUUCCGCAUCGAGCGGUCGUACGCACGGAAAGUGCAACGACCAAACUGCGCGUUGUGUUCAAUGCAACCAGCAGAACGGUCGGAGGGCGAUCCCUAAACGACGUCCUGCAUGUCGGACCAAAAUUACAGAACGAUAUCACCUCGGUUUUAACGAGGUGGCGUCUGUAUGAGUACGUUCUGGUGGCAGAUAUCGAGAAGAUGUUUCGGCAAAUCCUCGUCGCCCCACAGGACCGUCGUUUCCAAUGCAUCGUAUGGCGCGCGUCAAACGACGAAAAGCUCAAAGCUUUCGAAUUGAAUACCGUAACAUACGGUACGGCGUGCGCCCCAUAUUUAGCGAUGCGUACCCUCCUCGAAUUAAAGGAACAGGAUGGAGAGAGGUAUCCUCUCGCCGCUCCGAUCCUCGAGAGGGACAUAUACGUCGACGACGUAUUUAUGGGAGCGUCCAACAAAACCCUGCUAGAGAAAAUUCGCAAGCAAGUCUGCGAUCUCCUGCAGGGCGGUGGGUUCAAGUUGAGGAAAUGGGCUGGAAACUCCGCGAAAUUAUUGCGGAACAUCCCCCAAGGUGCUCACUCCCACGCCGUAGACCUCACUCUGUUCGACGAUUCCGAACUAAAAGUGCUUGGUCUACGAUGGAUCCCAUCCGGAGACUACUUCCAUUUCGAUCUGCAACGGUUUCAACCGUCUGCGUUACCGAUGACAAAAAGAAAUUUGUUCUCGGAGAUCGCGAAGCUCUUCGAUCCCCUCGGCUGGUUAUCACCAGUCGUAAUCCGUGCAAAAAUUCUGAUGCAGUCCCAAUGGCUGGAGAAAAUCCAGUGGGACGACCAAAUUUCCACGGACACGCAAAAAACGUGGAACACGUUUUGCAGGGAUUGGAGCAGUCUCAAAGAACUAAAAUUCCCGAGAUGGAUCCAAUACGGAGCCGACGCAGUUACUGUGGAACUACACGGAUUCUGCGAUGCAUCACUCGCUGCCUAUUCGGCCGUCACUUACUUACGUGUGACGACGAAAAAUAAUGACGUGUUUACGACAUUAAUCAUGGCAAAGACACGAGUGGCUCCGAUAAAAACACAGUCUAUCCCCGUCCUGGAAUUGAAUGGGGCUGUGUUACUUUCCGAGCUCAUAGUGCACGUGAAACGGUCAUUCCCCAUAGAAAUGAGCCGCAUAAUCUGCUGGACAGAUUCCACGAUUGCACUCGCUUGGUUGAAAAAGCAUGCGUCGACAUGGAAGGUUGUGAUAGCCAACCGUGUGUCAAAAAUUCAGACCAUGCUCCCAAAAGCUGAAUGGCGGCACGUUCCCACGCGCUUCAACCCAGCGGAUCUGAAUUCGCGAGGUGUAGAUGCCGCAGAACUCAUUCAGUCCGAAUUAUGGAUUUCCGGGCCGAAAUGGCUUCGACAAUCAGAGGAAAAUUGGCCGAAAUCGCCAGCCUCGCUCGAGACCGAGGAGGGUAAACGCGUAUCGCAUACCCUCGUGGCCACUCCGGAAAAGGAAUGGAACUUAGUUUUCCGAUUUUCCCAAUGGAGCAAGCUACAACGUGUGACUGCCUAUUGCCUCCGAUUCCGGAGGCCGGCGGUCGGAGAACGAAGGUCAUUCGAUGCAAAAGUUGUCGAAGCAGCGGAAAUCCAGCGUGCAACGGAGAGAAUUGCACGCUACUUACAGCGUACGCAUUUCGCAGAAGAGUACCGGUGCUUGAAAAAGCGCAAGGGAAUCCCUGCGACAUCUCCUCUAAAGAGCCUAAACCCUUUUCUCGACGAUAAGGAAGUCUUACGAGUGGGUGGAAGGUUGGAGAAUGCGACGCUUGCAUGGGAAACCAAACACCCGAUUAUCCUGCCGAAACAUCAUGUGUCUAACAUGAUAAUCAGGCAAUGCCACGUGGAUACGUUGCACGGGGGUUUACAAUUGACCAUGUACACGGUGAGACAGAAAUUCUGGAUCAUCGGCUGCCGAAACGCGGCACGCACGGUUAUCCACCAAUGCAUACGAUGCGUGAGAUGGCAAGCAAAUACCUCCACGCAAAUCAUGCAGGAUUUAAUACCGGAGCGCAGUCGCGCGGCACGACCUUUCUCAAACUGCGGAGUCGACUACGCGGGACCGUAUCGGGUCCGCGACUCCGCCGGUCGUGGGAAAACGGCUCAUAAAGCAUACAUAGCAGUGUUCAUCUGCUUCGCUACGAGAGCCGUGCACAUCGAACUCGUCCAUGAUUAUACGACGAGUGCAUUUCUGGCCGCAUUAGACCGAUUUAUCGCCCGCCGAGGAGUUCCGUCCUGUAUGUUCAGUGAUAACGGAACGAACUUCGUCGGAGCAGAUCGGGAAUUGAAGGAACACUUCAAUACGGUGUAUCAAACUCCAGAAAUGCGAACGAAGUGCGGUCAAAAGGGCAUUAAGUGGAGGUUUAAUCCACCCAGUGCUCCCCACUUUGGUGGUAUGCAAGAAGCCGGCGUGAAAUCGGUGAAACAUCACCUGAAACGCAUCAUCGGCGAAUUUACACCCACAAGCGAGGAAAUGCAGACACUCCUCUGCAAGAUCGAGGCGAGUUUGAAUUCGCGACCGAUCGCCGCUUUGAGUGACUGUCCCGAGGAUUAUGCCCCUCUCACGCCGGGCCACUUCCUAAUAGGCGGACCGAUGAAUGCACUUCCGGUCGAGUCAGUGGAAAAGGAAAAUCUCUCGCGGCUUACGCGAUGGAGAGCAAUCCAGAAAUUCCACGAGCAGCUCUGGAAACAUUGGACGCGAGAUUAUCUCACGCACCUCCAGAAACGCUAUAAGUGGCGCACCACCCAAGUGCAGUUAAAACCGAAUGACUUGGUUUUAGUGCAAAACCCUCUUCUCCCCCCGAAUCAAUGGGAAAUGGGACGAAUCGAGGAAGUAUUACCGGGCCGAGACAGGACCAGCUUGACGGUGCAUCCAGGGAUCAUGUCAAUACCAGGUGCCUUGUCCAGACUAACCUUCGACGGCCGCCCUACGCAGCUCCACCAGGUCCAUAAGAGAGAAUCCAACAAGGAUAUCUCUCAGGUUGUACUGCAGGAUCCAACCAGCACCAGGCCCUUUCUAUCCAGACGAUUUGAUCCCCAAGAUGGCGACUUAGCGUUAAAAUCUCCCGCAACUACUACCGUCGCUCCUCACGUUUCCUCUAGCAUACUCAAGAUCUAA